CUUCACGGCCGGCCCGGCACUGGCAGCCCCCCUGACGCUGAUGGGGCGGAGGGAGAGGCCGACCCUGAACAGGAGCCUGUGCGGGAUGUGGGGACCGAGGCACCCCAAAAAGCCAAGGAGCUGGAGCUGAUGGAAAACAUCUUGACGAGCAAGCAGGAUGAGAGCUGGGAGCAGCGGGGCCCCCGGGCCUCCUUUGCCCGCCAGGAACGGAGCCGCCUGCUCUGGGAGGAUGUCAGCGUCAUGGAGGAGGAUGCCACCAAAGUGACCGCCUUGAAGCUGAGGCUGGAUGAGUGCCAAAAAGUGCUGCUCAAGGAGCGGGAGGACAAGCUGGCGCUCAGCAAGAGCAUUGAGAAGCUGGAGGGCGAGCUCAGCCAGUGGAAGAUCAAGUACGAGGAGCUCAACAAGAACAAGCAAGAGGUGAUGAAGCAGCUCAACAUCCUGAAGGAGAUCCACCAGGACGAGCUGGGGCGCAUCUCCGAGGACCUGGAGGAUGAGCUGGGUGCUCGCUCCAGCAUGGACAAGAAGCUGGCUGAGCUGCGUGCGGAGAUGGAGCGGCUGCAGGCAGAGAAUGCAGCUGAGUGGGGCCGGCGGGAGCGGCUGGAGACAGAGAAGCUCAACCUGGAGCGGGAGAACAAGAAGCUGCGGUCACAGAUCGAGGACCUGGAGGAGGUGCUGGCUCGCAAGCGACGCCAGACAGCCAGCGCCCUGGACACCGACCUCAAGACCAUCCAGGCCGAGCUCUUUGAGAAGAACAAGGAGCUGGCCGACCUGAAGCACAUCCACACCAAGCUGAAGAAGCAGUACCAGGAGAAGAUGGCCGAGCUGGCCCACGCCAACCGCCGCGUGGAGCAGCAUGAGGGUGAGGUGAAGAAGCUGCGCCUGAGAGUGGAGGAGCUGAAGAAGGAGCUGGCCCAAGCUGAGGAUGAGCUGGAUGAGGCCCACAACCAGACACGGAAGCUGCAGCGGUCACUGGAUGAGCAGACAGAGCAGAGCGAGAGCUUCCAGGUGCAGCUGGAGCAUCUGCAGUCCCGGCUGCGGCGGCAGCAGAGCACCCCGCUUUUCGGCAAGAUGCGCAGUGCCCGCUUUGGCCCUGAUGACGGCGGGGAUGGUACCAGUGACCCCGAUGAGGACGAGGACCUGCAGAUCCAGGUGCCCUAGAGCCCAGAGCCGGGUGCCACCACCACCGGGAUGUCCCAUGGCGGUUCUCUGCCCACAAGUGCCUGUUUCCAUGGGGCCUGGCCAUGUGGUGACAUAGAUGAGGAAAGUGAGGCACAGAGCGGCGUGGAGGAAUUUGUGCAGGGGUGCUCCAAGCCUGCUGCCUCUCGGACAGUAUCUGAUGCCCCUUGGCCACUGGCAUCUCCUGGGACACAGAUGUGGCCACCAAAGGCGGCAUCACUGAGCAGCCCAGGAGGAAGAAGCGCAGGACAGAGAGGGUCACUGAGCCCUGCAGCCAUCCACGCGCUCCUGCCCAUAUUUUUUAUAUAUAUAUUAUGUAUAUGUAUGUUUUUGUAUAUGAUUUUUUUUUAAUUAUAAAUACAGA